UACUGGUUUCUGCCAAGGCAAGGUACUUGCAAAACCAUGUCUGGGGCUGGAGGAUGGAGGGAAGGCAGCAGGUACAGGACAGCUACUGCCUUCAAUAUGUCAUCUUCCUCUCAGGGUAACCCUCAUGGCAACAAGGAAACAGAGAAGGGUGAAAACACCCAGAAGCUGACAGCAUUUGAAGAGAAACAAGGAGGCCAAGCAUCAGUGCACCAACAACAGCAAAAUCAGUAUGUUGGCCCAUAUGUCUUGGUAACUCCAAAUGAAACCAGAAGAAAACAGUUGCAGCAAAUUGCUAAGAAAGAGCUCGAUGACCUGGAGCAAUGGAAGAAAGAACACAGGCCAGGGCCAAUUACGUUGGUGCCACAGAGACUGGGUGGAAAUGAAUUAGAGGCUCAAGUACGACAAAACCAACAAAUGAUUCUCAUGCAAUCUAAAUACCAGAAAAAGCACAAAAGAGAAGAGUACGUAAAAGCAAAAAAGGCAGCUGAAGAAGCUGAAAUCCUGAAAAAGAAAGCAAUUCAGAGAGAAAAGGCAGAGAGACUUGAAGUUAAAAAAAGACAAGAAGAAAUGCAAAGAAGAGAGAUGUUUCUUGAAGAUCAAAAGUACAAAACCAAUGAAUUACUGAACAGAUUGGAUGUGGGUUUGCCAAAGAAUGAUUCCUGUCAGAUUGCUAAUCCUGGCCCAGCAUCUACAGCAUGGAAAAGAAGCCAUGCUUAUAAGCAAGCUCUUCGAGAGGAUGAAAACAGAAGAUUAGAGGAAAUGAAGCAAGAACAACAGAGGAAGGCUGAAUUAUUGGAAUUUAAACAAAAGCAGGAAGAGGAAACCAGGACAAGAACACUAAAAAAUGAACAGAGGAGGGUAAAUAAUGCUUUCCUGGACCGACUGCAGAACAGAACACAGCCUAAUAACAUCUACCACCCUGGAUAUACUGGACUACCUCAAUAA